CUUCAUGUAAACCAAAAAUAACCCAAAAGCAAACGGUAAUAAUUAUUCUGUCUCCCAUGAAUUGAUUUUCUUUUUUUAAUGAAUGAAAUUAAUUUUAAAUGCGAAAAUAUGGCUGCUGCUGCUCAUUUACAGUUUUACACUAAUGAAUAAAUGAUCCAGAAUCAUUGAUUCUACACCUUGUCCCAUGUCAAGUCUAGUCAAAAGCUUCUUUCAUCAACUCCGGCUCAUUAAGAUUCCCUCUCUCUCUCUCCUUCACCAUCUCAGAGAUUGCUCCACUAUCUCAUAGAUUUGGUUACCAGAACAACUUAUCACUUGAGUGGUUCAACCUCUAUCUCUCUCUUUCUGCUAUGAAAAUGCAUAGCCAAAUUUAAUACUUUAGAGAGGGAUAUACCAAGAACUGAAAAACCAUGACUUCCAACAGAAGCAACCUCCUGUUCUCAUUAGUCCUCUUCUACCUUCUUUUUGUCCCCACACAACUCCAAGCUCUUAACACUGAUGGUGUUCUUCUGCUUACUUUCAAAUACUCCAUCCUCAGUGACCCUCUCUCUGUUCUAAGCAACUGGAACUAUGAUGAUGCAACACCAUGCUUGUGGACAGGUGUCACUUGUACAGAGCUUGGGAAGCCUAACACACCAGACAUGUUCAGGGUCACAAGCUUGGUACUUCCCAACAAACACCUUUUGGGUUCCAUCACUCCGGACUUGUUCUCGAUUCCCCAUCUAAGGAUCUUGGAUCUGUCUAGCAAUUUCUUCAACGGGUCACUCCCGGACUCGGUGUUCAACGCCACUGAGCUUCAGGUUAUCUCCCUUGGAAGCAACAAUCUCUCUGGUGAUUUGCCCAAAAGUAUCAACAGUGUGACUAAUCUCCAGCUCUUGAAUCUCUCAGCCAACGCAUUUACUGGAGAAAUUCCACUCAACAUCUCACUUCUGAAGAAUCUAACGGUCGUUUCCUUGUCAAAGAACUCCUUUUCAGGUGAUAUUCCAAGUGGUUUCGAGGCAGUACAAGUUCUUGAUCUUUCUUCAAAUCUUCUCAACGGCUCUCUUCCCAAGGAUUUGGGAGGAAAAAGCCUGCAUUACUUGAACUUAUCACACAACAAAGUCCUCGGCGAGAUUUCUACAGGUUUUGCAGAGAAGUUUCCAGCAAACGCCACAGUCGACCUCUCCUAUAACAACCUCACAGGCCCAAUCCCAAGUUCCCUUUCUUUACUUAACCAAAAGGCUGAAUCUUUUUCCGGUAACCAAGACUUGUGUGGGAAACCAUUGAAGAUCCUUUGUUCAGUUCCUUCUACUCUUUCAAACCCUCCAAAUAUCUCUGACACUACUUCACCGGCAAUAGCAGUUAAACCAAGAAGCACAGCUCCAAUAAACCCUUUGACAGAAUCACCAAAUCAGACAGCAAAAAGCAAGCUAAAGCCAAGCACCAUUGCCGCAAUCACAGUUGCAGAUAUAGUUGGUCUAGCUUUCAUUGGUCUACUCGUGCUCUACGUAUACCAGGUCAGGAAACGCAGAAGGUACCCAGAAUCCAGCAGAUUCAGCUUCUUCAAAUUCUGUCUGGAGAAAAACGAAGCCAAGAAAUCGAAACCAAGCGCCACGGAGGUCACAGUCCCAGAAUCACCAGAGGCAAAAAGGGCAUGCGGUUCGUGCAUAAUAUUGACCGGAGGAAGGUACGACGAGACAUCAACAUCAGAGAGCGAUGUAGAGAAUCAGCAAACCGUUCAGGCAUUCAGUCGAACAGAUGGUGGGCAACUGAAGCAGAGCUCCCAAACUCAGCUAGUUACAGUCGACGGCGAGACUCGGCUAAAUCUUGAUACUCUACUAAAGGCAUCUGCUUACAUAUUGGGAACUACCGGAACCGGAAUCGUGUAUAAGGCGGUGCUGGAGAACGGCACGGCAUUCGCGGUGAGGCGGAUCGAGACGGAGAGAUGUGCGGCUGCGAAACCCAAGGAAUUCGAGCGGGAGGUUCGUGCCAUCGCUAAGCUUCGACACCCAAAUCUCGUCAGAAUCCGUGGGUUCUGUUGGGGAGACGACGAGAAACUUCUCAUUUCCGAUUAUGUUCCCAAUGGUAGCCUCCUCUGUUUCUUCACCGCCACAAAGGCAAGCUCAAGCUCGUCUUCUUCGUCGUCAUUACAAAACCCUCUUAGUUUCGAGGCACGGCUCAAGAUAGCAAGAGGAAUGGCUAGAGGACUAUCUUACAUCAAUGACAAGAAACACGUGCACGGUAACAUCAAGCCCAAUAACAUUCUCCUGAACGCUGAGAAUGAGCCCAUCAUAACCGAUCUAGGGCUAGACCGCCUCAUGACACAAGCGCGUGAGUCUCGCACCACUGGACCAACUUCGAGCUCACCGUACCAGCCACCGGAAUGGUCCACAAGCCUGAAACCAAACCCUAAAUGGGACGUUUAUUCCUUUGGAGUCAUACUUUUAGAACUUCUCACAAGCAAAGUGUUCUCGGUAGAUCAUGAUAUAGAUCAGUUCUCAAACUUAACCGGUUCUGAAGCAGAAGAGAAUGGCCGGUUCUUGAGGUUGAUCGACGGUGCAAUUAGGAGCGAUGUGGCUCGCAAUGAGGAUGCUGCAAUGGCGUGCUUUAGGUUAGGGAUUGAAUGUGUCUCUUCCUUGCCUCAGAAGCGACCGUCCAUGAAAGAAUUGGUGCAAGUGUUGGAGAAAAUGUGUGUUUUAGUUUGAUUUCUUAAUUCGUAGCCCAAAUUCGUUUUGGCAAUAUAGAAAGUGGAUUUGUUAUGUAUGUUUUAGAUGUGUUGCAUAAGCCGUGUAAUAAAAAUAUAAAAAAAAUACUAAUUCCUA